AAAUUAGAACAUAAUCAUGGGAGACAGUACUUUAGCUGGAAGCAACAGCUAACAAACCAAAACGCGUUACCUGCACCGAAUAUGAAUGAUCAAUAUGCAACCUUAGAAAACACAAAAAAAAUCCUAAAAUAAUAAUAAUUGUUAAAUGUUAACUUAUAUAAUAAUAAUUCUCAUUCAACCAACCCAAUCAUAUUCUUAAGCUCAUUUCAUUUCUGUAUUUAUAUAUACUAAGGUUUCAUAGCUAAGUCGGUGUCAGUGUUGAAGUGUGUCACUCUCUUCAAACAAAACAUAGAUCUGUUAUAACAAUGGGAAGAACAAACACUAGUUUGUUAUCUCUACUAUGUCUUGUUCUUGCAUUUAUAACUGUGUCUUUAGUGCAAGCUGAAGAUGCAUAUAAGUUCUAUACAUGGACUGUGACUUAUGGAACUGUUUCUCCACUUGGUACUCCUCAACAAGUUAUUUUGAUUAAUGGUCAGUUUCCUGGUCCUAGACUUGAUUUGAUUACUAAUGACAAUGUGAUUCUCAACCUUGUUAACAAGCUAGAUGAACCAUUUCUACUUACAUGGAAUGGAAUUAAACAAAGGAAAAAUUCAUGGCAAGAUGGAGUUUUAGGAACCAACUGUGCUAUUCCUCCAAACUCAAAUUAUACUUACAAGUUUCAGACCAAGGAUCAGAUUGGAACUUAUACUUAUUUUCCAUCAACUAAAUUGCAUAAAGCUGCUGGAGGGUUUGGAGGACUCAAUGUUUACCAUAGAUCUGUUAUCCCAAUCCCUUAUUCAAACCCUGAUGGAGACUUUACUCUACUCAUUGGUGAUUGGUACAAAACCAACCACAAGACAUUGAGCCAAUCUUUAGAUUCUGGAAAAUCUCUCGGCUUUCCUGAUGGCCUACUUAUCAAUGGUCAGGUUCAUUCUACCUUCACUGGUAACCAAGGAAAAACCUAUAUGUUCAGGAUCUCAAAUGUCGGUUUAUCAACCUCAAUUAACUUUAGAAUUCAGGGUCAUAUGCUAAAACUAGUUGAGGUUGAAGGAUCACAUACUAUCCAAAAUUUAUAUGAUUCACUUGAUGUGCAUGUUGGACAAUCAGUUUCUGUGUUAGUAACCUUAAAUCAACCUCCAAAGGACUAUUACAUUGUUGCCUCAACAAGAUUUACUCAAACAGUUCUCAACACAAUUUCAGUGUUACAUUAUUCAAACUCUCGUUCCUCAGCAUCAGGACUCUUGCCUUCUGCUCCCCCUGCUACCGAUUAUGAUUGGUCGAUGAAGCAAGCUAGAACUUACAGAUGGAAUCUGACAGCAAAUGCUGCCAGGCCUAACCCACAAGGGUCAUUCCACUAUGGAACGAUAAUUCCGACUAAAAGAAUAAAUUUGGCGAAUUCAGCACCAUUGAUCAACGGAAAGCUUCGUUAUGCAGUUAAUAGUGUCUCCUAUAUCAACCCUGAUACACCUCUUAAGCUUGCUGAUUACUUCAACAUUCCUGGAGUCUUCAGUGAUAAUUCAAUCCAAAACACACCCUCUAAUGCUCCUGCACAUUUAGCUACAUCGGUGUUGCAUACUUCUCUUCAUGAUUUUAUCGAGGUUGUUUUCCAAAACAAUGAAAACUCCGUGCAAUCUUGGCAUCUUGAUGGUUAUGAUUUUUGGGCCGUCGGUUAUGGUUUCGGCAAAUGGACAGAUGCUAGUAGAAGUUCAUAUAAUCUAGUGGAUGCUUUGACUAGACAUACUGCACAGGUAUAUCCAAACUCAUGGACAGCAAUAUUGGUGUCAUUGGAUAACCAAGGUAUGUGGAACUUGAGAUCAGCCAUAUGGGAAAGACAAUAUCUUGGACAGCAAUUGUAUCUGAGGGUGUGGAAUGCACAACGCACCGCCGCAAAUGAAUACGAUGUUCCUAAUAAUGCUCUGCUUUGCGGCAAAGCAUUGGGACAUCAUGCUUAGAGUAUACAUUUUCAACCAUUUAUUGGUGGUUUUUUCUAGUCAUGAGAGCUUGACUGCAUUUAGUAUUCUUUCUUUUUUUAAUGAAGAAUAUAUAGGAUUAGAUGGAGAAGUUAAUUUCUCAAAUGUUUGAGUCUUAAGGUAAAUUUGAGAAAAAUCUUGUAUUGAAUUUGCUUUGCCAAUAUAUUUAUUUUCAUCCGUGAACCUCCUUUACCCGAAA